AUGUCUGGAAGGCCAGCGCAAGUUGGAAUUGAACGAUUACCAGCACGACGUAUGAGCAACGAACCACGAGAAUCAAUGAAUUAUGCUGUCCCCAAGAAACGUGGACCCAAGACGGAUGUAUUGGAAGCUUUAUUAAAGAGAGUCGAUGGAUUGGAACGAAAAUUGAGAGAUGAGAAAAAAUCCAAUUCUCCAAACAAUGACGGGAGUGCUUCUGGUUCUGGUGGGGGUGAAGCGGAAAGUCCUAACGAAGAUACAAAACCAAAACGACCUCAUUUGGAGACAACCAUUUCAAAUAUUGCAGAUGAAUCAGCUGUAUAUUCUCCAACACCCAUAAGCGAACCCUCUCCAUCAGUCCAACAAGAUGUCCUUUUGGAUACUUACUUUGUUCGAUGCCAUGGGAAAUCUUAUCAUAUACUUGACGAAACUUCUAUCAGACAACGAAUUCAGUCAAACCAAAUUCCAACAUAUCUACUUUAUGCAAUUUACGCUGUUAGCGCAAGAUAUACUUCCCAUCCAAAUGGCUAUUUUGCCGCAGUGAGAUUAAGUGAAGAUUAUGCUCAUCGAGCAAGGACGGAAGUAGACUUCGACGAACCAUCUAUCGAUAAUUUACAGGCUCUAUUACUUCUUGGUAUUUCUUAUACAGCAUCUGGAAGAGGGAAGAAGGCAUACAUGAUGCUCGCGAACGCCGUUGGAAUGGCUGUUGCGCUAGAACUCCAUCGCGAACUGGAUCAGAACCUACGAAUUAGUCCUGUCGAGAGAGAAUUACGAAGAAGAUUGUUUUGGACAUGCUAUUUGAUAGAUAGAUUCACAGCAUGCGGAUCAAAACGACCAUCAUUAAUUGCCGAUAAAUCUAUUGUGUUGCGAUUACCAUCUUGGUCACCCAAUCCAGCCGCUCUUCCCGUCGAAGGAGAGUUUUUCCAAAGUGGUUCAAAUCUUCAUUUCGGCAACGGAAAGAAGAGCCAAGGAAGCACUGGAAUGCUCAUAGAUAUUGUGAGAAUAUUAGGAAUUACUAACCGCUAUCUCGCAGCUGGCGGUGUAAAAGGCAAGUUUCGCAACAAUCAUUUUUGUUCGACAAUUCAUUAUUGUACGAAUACUGACUAUCAUGCUAUCAAAACAGGCGACUCUCAUUUCCCAUGGCACUCAUUAUCGAAUCUCUCGAAAAUUCGCCAAGACUUGGAUAUUUGGGCAGGCGGUACACAGGAUGUCUUUACAUCUGUUGAUACACUUUUUGGGCAACCGGACAGUACAACUCUCGUCCUCAGCAAACUUAUUUAUCAUCUCAUACAUUGCCUGAUAUAUCGACCUUUUCUUCCUAUCGACCUCGCUGAGUUAGCUGGAACCGGUCAACAUCAAUCUUGGCAAAUUGAAGCCACAAAUCUUUGUUUUCUUCACGCAAACGCAAUCGCCGAAUUGGUGGAGCUCGGAAAACAAUCCGCAUCGAUAGAAUGGCCCGCAUUCGUCGGAUAUUGUAUUUGUACCGCUGGUACUGUCCAUGUUCACGGGACGCACUACAAAGGCGGCCGUGAAGGUGAAGUAUUUUCCGCUUCCGCCGAUUUUCUUUCCAGAGAAAUGCAACAACUUUCCGAGCUUCGAUAUGCAUGGUCCUCAGUUCAGCAUCAACGAGAAACCUUACAAACUAUCUAUGGAUGCCAUUCCGAUCUAGUGAAAAGUCUUGGAAGUAAUCCGAUGCGCUUUAGUCCAGUCUUUCACUUGGAAGACUUUUUCGAUAGGUAUAGUGAUUUGGGCCAAUAUUUUGAUGGGGCUCAUAUCAGUUUUGCGGAUGUGGUGACACCGAAUCCUGAAGCAUAUCAAGGUCAUGACCUUUAUGCGCCGACACAAUCAAAUAGGAAUGGUUCUAUUAAUGGGAGAACGGGCUCGAAUGGCUCGAAUGAUUCAACUUCUGUUAUUUCUAAACGCAAAUCUUCAUCAUCUGCACGAAAACGUGCUCUUACCAAUAGUCUAAAAGAAAGACCUCUAAUGUCACCGAAUGGGAGAUCGGUUGAACAAUUACCACUACCACAGAAUGGUUUACUCGGUCAUGAUCCGACAUCUUAUUCCAAUCAAGGAAGUUCAAUGACUACACUUCCACAAAUACCCUUUUCGCCACCUAGUCAGAAUCAAUCGCAACCAUAUACUUUUUCUCCAUCGCUCUCUUUGAAUCACGGGCAAGAAUCAGAUUUUGAUCCAAUGUUUGGUAUGUCACAUCUGGGUAAUAGUGGAAAUUUUUCAUUCGCAGGAAUGGGCGGAACAAGUGGUGGUAUGAUGGGGGAGGAAGGUAUGACACCAGGAGGAAGGUCAAAUAAUGGGAGUACAGGAACAAGUGGAGAGGAGAAAGAUCCUUUCCUAAGCUUGUUGGAACAACUUGCAGAAAAUGAACAACAAAGAGGUGGACCAAGCGAACUGGACUUUUUCUUGGGUGGUGGACAGGGUUGA